AUGAAAGAUAGCUUACGACAGGAGAAAAACCCAAAUGGCACUUCUAUUAGUAUCUGGUUUUCUUUCUUUCCUCACUCCUUCAAUGUCUACUUCUCUACAUUCCUUUUCUCAUUCCUGACUCAUACUUUUGAGAGGAAGUACAUGUUCCUUAUUUGCAAUGGCAUCCUUGUGUUUCUAGCCAAAACCUCGGUUUCUUCUUCUUCUUCAUGCGUUGGUAAAAAAUUUUCAUCGGGGACUGAAAUGUAUUCUGAAGUGAAAGCAGCGCUUCAUGAUGUUACGAGAACUACUGAGUCAGAUUCUCUAAAGAAUGUUGCACUUGCAGCCGAGGAAGACCAAGAACAAGAAGAUAGUGAAGAGAAAAAGAAAGAACAAGGGUAUCCGUCUAGAGAAGAAGAGCGAGAAAAGGAAGCUCUGAGAGCAGAAGGUGAAGACGAAGAAGAAGAAGAAGAAGAAGAAAAGGAAGAAGUAGUAGAAGCAACAGAAGGAGAAAAUACUGAAGAUACACAAAUAAACACAGAUGAAUUGAACAAGAGAAUUGAAGAUUUCAUAAGGAGAAUGAAAGAAGAACUCAGGAUUGAAGCUCAAAGACAGCUAAUCACAGUCUAA